UCCCGUCGCGGCCGCCAACGGAGAGGAGCAGCCACCGCCCUGCGCUACCCCAUGGCCGUGGGCCUCAACAAGGGCCACAAGGUGAGGAAGAACGUAAGCCAGCCGAGGCACAGCCGGCGGCGCGGGCGCCUCACAAAGCACACCAAGUUCGUGCGGGACAUGAUCCGGGAGGUGUGCGGCUUCGCGCCCUAUGAGCGCCGCGCCACGGAGCUGCUCAAGGUGUCCAAGGACAAGCGCGCGCUCAGGUUCGUCAAGAAGCGGGAGGAGCUGAGCAACGUGCUGGCCAGCAUGAGGAAGGCGGUGGCCAGGAAGGACUGA